AUGGAUGACAUGGGCCGUGCGGGUUCGGAUGAGCUAGACAGGGUGUUACCGGGCACGGCGCACCGUGGUCUCCAAGGGCGAGUGUUGUCAUCAUCGAAGCGCAAGCGAGCGAGAAUGCUGUUGGAAGGAGUCCAAAUCUGCAGAAGCCAAGAGCUGAGUAUGGAGCUCCGUACGUCGGUGGUAGGAUAUCCAUUCUUGGACAGGCGUACCGGUGGAGAUGCGGUGGUUGCCCUCCGCCGCGCCGUGCCGGGAACUUUACCUGCCUUGGGACUUGAAGUCGGUGGUGGCUUGAUGGGUAUUGAGGUGUCAAGGAAACAGCCGGAAUCUUUCGUAAAGGAUAACUUCUCAUUUCCGAACAGCACCUUCUUCCUCCCGAUUAUUCGCCUGGAGACGCCACCUUUGUUACACCGCCACAUCGAGGAUGACGCUUAUGGCCGGUAUUGGGUGAGUACAGGCUCUCAGUUCCCAAGUUACAACACUACUAUCAGCCCCGCGACGGAUGACCCCUGCAGCAUCAUCGCCGGGCGGCCGAAAUGCCCACCUUGGCGCUGCUACCCUUGUCCAGGCUACCUGGAUCGUGGAGCAACCACGCUGGGCCUCGCCUUCUCGACGCCAGUCAACGUGGUCUACUGCACGAUCCUAGCCCGUUCAACUACCUCAACCGCCAUAUCCAGAAUUGCAAAUGCCGGAAUUGACGGGACUAUGGUUCAGAAAAACGGUGACAGAACCAUUCCAUUCCCGCCGGAGAAGGCCGUCCUCCACAUUUCACCAUUGAGUAGUUGGAUCCCGACCUUCACGAUAGCCAAUCUGGACUCCUCCUUUGAUCACGCGGAGGCCGCACUUGCAAUCAAUGUGGGUCAACCUGUUACGAGUCUGCACCAGCACGGUGUCUUUCGACUGGCAACUGGAUACGCAGUAUCAUUUACCUCGGUUCCCCGCACUGGGAUGAAUCCCGUCUAUGUUUUUCACUCCACCGUCGACCAACUCACCGCAACCACGAGAACAAGAUUACCACCCCUCCAAUCUCCUGAGACUCAUGAGCCAAGGUCGCCUUCAUGGUGGGGGUUUCCUGAUUCCACGACACCGCCGAUCCCCGAGCGUCGCUGGACAUCGGAGAAUUUUAGACUUUUCUCCUUCUUCCUUCGCUACCAUCAUACCAUCCCGCAAUACAGGAACCGUGAUCGACAUCACCACUACCAAAGCCGGAAGAUAUCGGAAAAAGGACGCGGCAACGGGAUCGAGGCCCGGGGUUUGCAGCUGACUCUCAACCCACGUUAUCAGGCAGAUCUCUACCCAACAAUCAAAUCAACCUUGGUACGAUCCGUCCCAGCCCUCCUCGUAAAAGGGGAGAUAUGGCAUAAUGUGGCUGGAGUCGUAAUCGACCACGGGGCCACUCUAAGACCUCCUCGCCAGUUAUGCAUGUCUGUCGAUCCUGUCGCCUCCUCUCCUCAGCCUGGAUCAUUCACUAAAUCUAUGGGACGUUUCACCACGCCUACUCCUACUGCUGCACCACGACAACGACCAAGCGCCUAUCGAAAGGGCCCAGAUUCCACUAACCGCGCCUCCACAUCUUCAGACUUCCGCCUCCACAAUGUUCCAAAGAUACAGAGACCUCGUAAUCGAUCUUCUUGCCCACGUCACAGACAUGGACUAUCGGCGUCUCCGAACCCCGUCUCAGCUCUAGAACCCUUGACGUGGAAAGACAAUGAUUUGACAGAUCGUCUAUAUGACGAGCUCAUUGUCCAAGGACCCCUUUGUCCGCUGAACCGUGGUUUGCAUCUUGGACUAUCUACAAUGGCACCGGGGAUGGGUGUACCCUGUGGUAGGCCCGUCCUGGUCCAGCAAGGAAUGACUAGAGAGUCCAGACUUAGGUCUUUCGCCAUUGAGCCGAAGGGCCUGGGAAUCGGGGUCGGGGAAGCCGGUGUCGAUCAUGUACUUUACGUCCUCAGUGGAGCAACUCUGGAUCUGAGUGAUACGUACUUGGAGAUGCCGUUUCCGGGAAAGACGAUUCUGGAGAGGCGAAUCCCCGGAAAGAGACAAAAGCCGGGAGUUGGAGAACACGGGGUUCGCCUUCUCUUCGGACUGGGCCACGAAGUGCCAUGCCUUGGGGGUAUGGAGUCGGGUGGUGCUUGUGCUGGGGUAGACCCUGGGGUAUACGAGGGCGGUGUUGCAGUGUGA